CUCCACCCGAAGACUUGAAAGGCAUUUUAGCCGUAGUUAGGGUCCUAAACAAGCAAUGAAGCUUUCAGGGGUGAUAGUGUUGGUUAUGGUGGUAGUGAUCACGGCCAAUUUGGUGCAAGAAGGCAAAGGUAAUUCUUGUGGGGCGACAUUCUUCUCAGCGCUUGUUCAGCUCAUACCGUGCAGGGCUGCAGUUGCUCCUUAUAGUCCCGUACCACCAGGCGAGGCUUGCUGCGCAGCUAUCAAGGCGCUUGGUCAGCCUUGCUUGUGCGUGCUCGUGAAUGGCCCACCAAUCUCCGGUGUUGAUCGGAACAUGGCAAUGCAGCUUCCUGACAAAUGCACUGCAAAUUUUGAGCCAUGCGAACUCAUGUAGAUGACAGAAGUAGAGGAUUUGAAAUAAAUGUGUGGAGGGCUUUGUUGACCAUCUCUUGAAUAGGAUUGCUGGAGCACAGCUGUUUUCUUUCAGUAGUUUUUAUAGCAGAUAUUGUCACUGAUAUUAUAAUGCUUAUUACGCACUAAUCAUAUUUGUUAGUUAAGAAUACAACAAAAUAGAUGAGAAUAUAAAAUCUCACUAUAAUCAGGGCUGCUUGUGAAAAUUUGAACUGUAUUAUUCCACAGCAUUGCUUUCAGUUCAAAGACUAUAACUUCACCAGAAACUAUUCCACAUAAAUAAUUCGUUCAUCGUCGUUGUCAUCACCUUCCCAUUCACCGACAUCCUCAUUCUGUUCAACUGAGUUGGGCCUGUCAUCAGCAGGAAAGUCAUCCGCCUUCUUCUCAUUUUCGCUCUUUAUUCUAUCCAAUAUUGCAAUAACC